AUAUUAUUAUAGAUGUCAGCCACUAGACAAGCGAUUCCCCAGGUGAGGAAUCCAACUUUACCUUCACAGACUACUCCAGAACAAAGGUAUUGGAGAAGUUACGUCAGUCCACAACUAAUCAAGGAAAACCAUCCUGUAAAUUGCAUAGAUUUUAAUCCAAUUACUCCAAAUGACUUUGCCAUUACUUCUUCCACCAGGAUUCAAAUAUUUUCCUCCAAGACCAGACAAGUUAUCAAGACCUUUUCCAGAUUCAAGGAUAUUGUAUAUUCCGGUAAGUUCAGAUAUGAUGGGAAGUUAUUAGUUGCUGCUGAUGCAACUGGAUUGGUGUCGAUCUACGAUAGUUACCAACCUAGAAACUUGCUCGUUAGUUUACAUCCAAGUUCCCACCCUACACAUGUUGCUAAAUUCCACCCAACUAUAGGAAAUCAGUUGAUUACUGGUUCUGACGAUAGAAUAUUAAGACUUUACGACAUAUCACAAACCACAAAGGGUCCAAUAGUUGAAUUCGACGGUUCUCACCAUACUGAUUAUAUAAGAAGCGCAAACUUCAUUCCUGGUAACCCUAAUUUAAUAGCUACCGGUUGUUAUGAUGGGAUUGUUAGAAUUUUUGAUACCAGAAACUUUUCCACUUCUCAACAUCAAGUUGUGGCUCAAUUUAACCAACAUAAUCCUAUAGAAGAUGUUCUUGCGAUUUCUUCAACUACAUUAGUCAGUGCUGGUGGACCGCAAGUGAGAAUCUGGGAUUUGACCAGAGGUGCUCAAAUUCAUGAGUUGAACAACUUUACCAAGACAGCUACUAGUUUACAUGAUACUGGUGAUAGAGGGUUGUUGGUAGGUUCGUUGGAUGGCCAUGUUAAGAUUUUCGAUUACACUUCUUCUAAUUGGGAUGUCCAAUUUGGAUGGAAGUUCGGUAGUGGUGGUGUCUUGAGUUGUGGUGUUUCUCCAGCUUCCAACGACCAUAAGCAUUUCGUGGCUGGUUUAACUUCAGGGUUGAUUUCCAUACGUACAAAGAAGACAGAACCAAAGGUAAAACAAGGUGUCAAGCAAGAAAAGUCUGCUGCAUAUGCUAGAAUGAUGAAAGGUAGAGACUAUGCUGGUGAAGAAGAACAUCGUAUUAUCCAAUCCAGUGCUCCUCAGGCCAAGAAAUUGAAACAGUUUGAGAAACACCUUAAUGCAUUUAGAUGGGCUGAGGCUUUAGACAGUGCAUUUGCUCCAGGAUUACCUAAAGAACAAACUGUGACUAUAUUAAAUGAGUUGAAAAAGAGAGGGAAAGUAAGAAUUUCCUUGUAUGGGCGUGAUGAGAUUUCAUUGUUGCCUAUUUUACAAUGGUUUAUUAAGAACUUAGAAGAUGUUAGAUCUUUCAACUUACAAUGUGAUUACAUUGGUAUCAUCUUGGAAAUGUACGGUUCCUUAAUAGACAAGAGUGUUGUCUUGGAAGAAUGUUUCUCCAAUUUACUCAAGAGAAUAAACAUUGAAAUUAAAAAAUGUAAAGAAGCCAAUGAAAUUAGUGGUAUGUUGGAAUUAUUAACUGCAUAGGGUGUUUGUACAAUAUAUAUAUAUUAAUACAAAAGUAAUCACCACCUUCUUUUCCUCUUUUUCUUUUUGAGUUCCUUUGCUUUAAGUUCCUUUUGCUCAGCAGCAUUACGACAAAAGUCAGAACAGUACCAUUUUACUUUACCCGUAGUAUAUUUCAUUGCUUCGACUCUAUUCAAUAGACCGACACAUUUGAAAUGGAACCAUUCUCCAUUAGGACACGAGUCUUCGUUGUCACAAGCUAUCAUGUCACCAGAAGAUCGUUGUUUACAGAAACAGUACACGUUGGUGUCUUCUUGUGGUUCUUCCUGUACUGGUUCCGGUUCCGGUUCGAUCUUAGGAAUAUUUCGUUUGGUUGAAGGUCGAGACUUGAUUGGCGGUUUUGUUUUUGCUGAUUUACUCACCUUGGCAACAGGUUUUGGUUUUUUCGCUAUCUUUGUAUUUAAUUUUGCUGUCUUCUGUAGGCUUUUCGGUAUUUUCAAUAAUAUCUUCAAUCCACUCUUUUUCGAAGGUUGUCGUUUUUGUUCUUCUAGUGCCUCCUUCUGUGAUUGUAAAGGAUACUUGGCAUAAUGUUCUUUUAAUUGACGCAGUAGUUGCUCUCGCUGCUUAUAAUGGUCGUGUAAGUUAACUUUUGACUUGUCAAUAUUUUGCAAUUGAUUCAACUCUUCUAUUAAAUUCAUUUUGUGCGUUGUAAGUUGGUUGUUCAAUGCACGUGCUUCCAGUAUUGAUUCUCGUGAUAAAGUUCUAAUGUUUUGUUUUAUUCGAAUCAACUUUUCAAUAUCCUGUUGCGUUAUAUCUCGCGUGGAUUGGUAAUGUUUUAGUAUCUCAUCUAUCUCAUGUUUACGAGCAUCUAUCUUGAUAUUGCAUGCUUGUAUUAGCCACACAGAUCGGAUGAUAUCACAAGGCAAAUGAUCAACUGUAGAUAUAAAAGCACUUGUAAGUGAAUGUGAGGGGAAUAUAUCGUUUUCCAUCGUCCGUGACUUU